AUGGAAGAGUCGGGUGUCUGUCUCGAAUCGCUAUGGCCGUACGAUAUCAAAAAAGUCAAUGUCAAACCCCAUAAACAGUGUUAUGCAGCAGCCGAAGAGUACACAAUCACCGAGGCACUCCAAGUCGAUAUCGAUGUGUACGAAAUGAAGGCUUGUCUCGCUCAAGGAUUUCCCAUUAUCAUCAGUCUCAAUUUGUACAAGUCAUUCGACAAGGCAAGAGACAAAGGACUCGUUCCUAUGCCAAAAAAGGAUGAGGUCGUUCGAUCUACACAUGCAAGGCAUGCUGUCCUAGCAGCUGGCUAUAGUGGUUAUUGCUAUAUACCGUACGAAUAUUUGGGGAACAACGAAUUGUGCGAUGUUGCUCGGACGGUGAAAAAGUCGGCCGUUGAUGAAAUGGGACAAGAUGUGUGGGAGGAGGACGAUGUCGAUUAUCUUGACAAUGAGCAGGAGGAAGAAGAUGACGAUGACAGCAGUGAUGCAGAAAUUGACGAAGUCGAAGAAGAGGACGAGAGUGAUAGCGACGAUGAUGACGACUCGGAGUAG